AUGGAUGAAGGAGAUGAUACUAGUAGUGAUAGAAUAUCAGUGAGUCAAACUUCAUCUAUAAGUACAGCAUCUCAGAUUUUGGAUGCUAAACAAACGGAAGAGUUGGUUAAUGAUUUGGAUAAAGAUGAAUUAACGAUCAUUCCUCAUCCUGUGCCACCGGUAAAGAUCGCUGCCAUCGACAAGGAAUCGGUGCAUCUCAUUUGCAGUGGUCAGGUGAUUUUCGAUUUGUCGGUGGCCACCAAGGAGCUGGUCGAAAACAGCUUGGAUGCCGGUGCCACAAAGAUAGAGGUUCGUCUCAAAGAGUAUGGCGAGGAGUCGAUCGAGGUCAUCGAUAAUGGCAGUGGUGUCGAACCACACAACUUUGCUGCACUCACGCUGAAACACCACACUUCGAAGAUCCAGGAGUUCAACGACCUCCAAUCGGUCACCUCUUUUGGAUUCCGUGGCGAGGCACUCAGUUCGUUGUGUGCACUGGCCGAUGUCACCAUUGUGACGAGAGCGGCAUCCGCUCCCACUGCAACCAAGUUGAUCUACGACCAGAAUGGCGCGAUCGUUUCUCAGACGUCGGUGGCGCGCGAAGUCGGAACGACGGUGACGCUCACCUCGCCAUUCCGGAAGAUGCCGGUGCGUCACCAAGAACUAAAGAGAAAUCUCAAGCGUGAAUACUCAAAGAUUCAGCUGGUGUUGCAAACCUAUGCGGUUAUCUCGGUUGGUGUUCGGCUGGUGGUGUAUCAUCAGCCAUCGAAGGGGCCGCGAACCCCGGUUUUGUCGACCGAGGGCAAGCCGUCGUUGCGCGACAACGUCUCAGCGGUGUUUGGCGGAAAGACAUCGGCGGUUCUCGACAGCUUUGCUGCGAGUGACGAGACAUUCACGGUGGAAGGAUUGAUAUCAAAGGUUGGCGCCAAUGGCGGUGCUGGCUCGUCCGUCAAUUCGGCGAGUGGCAACAGCGCGUCGAGGAACAGCGGAGACCGACAGUUUGUCUACUUGAAUAAACGACCGAUUGAAAUGAACACACUAACCAAAGUUAUCAAUGGAUUGUAUCAAACUUUCUGUAAGAAAGGCAGCUAUCCAAUGAUAUUCCUCAAUGUUAUUGCUGAUCCCACUACCUAUGAUGUCAAUGUGACACCCGACAAACGAAAAGUAUUCCUACAGAAAGAGUUACAAUUGGUCAAUUUGGUUAAAGACAAACUCAAAUCGACUUGGGAGAGUGCACAAUCAUCUUUUGACAUAUCAUCUAGCAACAUGAAUGAACUACAGACAUUUAGCGUCAUUCAGAAAUCAUCUAAAACAGCACCAUCAUCAUCAUCAACAACAACAACAACAACAAAUAUAUUAACUACAAAACCAACAACAACUUUACCAACCACCUCAACAACAACAACAACUACAACUUCCUCAACUACCAAUAAUUUACAUGAUGAUGAUUUUUCAUAUAAACAACCAAAAGAAGUAGAAGGAAAAGGUUAUCCAGACGACGAUUUUAUAAAUAGUAAUAAUAAGAGAGCUUUACCACCUUCAAAUAGCAAUAAUAAUAAUAUAAUUAAACCAAUUACGAGAACAAAACCUACAUCUACAUCCCCAACAACAGCAAAUAAUAACAAUUCAAAACAAUCUGCACCUGGAACUACUUUUGUUUCGAAUGUUAGAGAUUCAAAAGACAAUCCAAUAACGAAACCUGUAUUGAUAUUUCCAAAGACAGAUGAUAAUAAUAUCAUUGGAAACAUAGUAGACGAUGAAGGAUUCAAACAAAAGAAUGUAAAGACCAACGAUAUCACACUGCCACUCAAGUUUGACAAUCUUGUGGAAUCUUAUCUCAUUAGGAAUGGAGUAUACGAUGAACAAAAUACACUUUAUAAUAACUAUUGUGGUGUUAAACAAAUUAAUUUUGAUAACAAUAACAAUAACAAUAAUCAAAAUCAAAAUCAUAAUAAUGGUGGUGGAUGUAAUGAUAAACAUUGUUUCAAAUCAACGGUAUCUGAAUUCCCACCAAGGAAGAAAAAAGAUGAUACCACCGGUUAUAAUGACUCGAAUGCUCAGUCAGAGUUGACCAGGUUCUUCAAGAAAGAGUACUUCAAGGAUAUGUCGAUCAUCGGUCAAUUCAACAAAGGCUUCAUCAUUACACGUCUGGGGAUGGACCUAUUCAUUAUCGAUCAGCAUGCAGCCGACGAGAAAUACAACUACGAAUCACUGCAAAAGUCACAUGUUAUCAGCUCACAACCCUAUAUCAAACCGAUUUCAUUCAACCUAACGGUGGACGACGAAUCAAUAAUCAUCGAUCAUAUCUCCAUCUUCAAGAAGAACGGUUUCGAAUUUCAAAUCGAUGAAGCUGCACCGCCCAAGUACAAAGUUAAACUAACUGCAUUUCCACAUAGUAACAAGACAGAGUUUGGUCCAGAUGAUGUAUAUGAAUUGAUUACUUUGAUAAAGGAUCAAGCGAUGAUUGGAUUGGAGAAUAUCAGAUUGAGUCGUGUAAGUGCCAUGUUUGCAUCGAGAGCAUGUAGAAAGUCUAUUAUGGUGGGAACAUCACUUACCGUGCCAGAGAUGAAGAAAAUAUUGGAUAAUUUGUCGACGCUCGACAAUCCUUGGUGUUGUCCGCACGGCAGACCAACAAUGCGUCAUCUCUUAGAUCUCCGAGUACUCUCCACAUUUAUCAAUACUAAAUCUGAAACUUUGCAAAAACAAAAGCAACAUACAACACAUCAAGAUGUAAAUAAUAUUAAUAUUGUUUGUAUUAUUUUAGUAAAUUUAUCAAUAUUUAGGCAAAGUUUAGGAUUAGCAAAUAACAAUAACAACAAUAACAAUAACAACAACAGCAAACAUUACAAUAACAAUAAUUAA